CGGCCUCAGUAACGCACCGCCCGUUCGCCAGCGCGUACCUCCGCGCGCCCUCUUGCGAUUCGCAUACUUCCGAUAGACUGACCGAGUGAGUGAGUGCGCGUGCAGUGAGUGGGAUGUGCCCGGCCGCAUGAGGAUCCUGCUGAGCGAGCUGGGACUGUCUGGCGCGUGCUUCGGCCUGACCCUGGAGCCGCGCGCCGCUCUGGACCCCGACCGCGACCGCCACGGCGACAAGCCUGCGCCAGGGCCGAGCGCCAUAGAGCCGCGCUCGCCAAACGCUUUCACGUCCAACUCUACCAGCAUGCUACUGCUGCAGACACACAGCAACUACGGUUCGUCCUUCACUGAUUUACUGUCACCCCAAUAUCAAGAGGAUUCUUCGGAGAUCUUAGAAGAAAACUUAGAUCCAUUCCCGGACGUCGAGUUUCAUGCUCCGAUUCCGCCUGAAAUUAAAUCGCAUCGUACUACUCCAGUGAGCGAGACCCCCUCGCCGACCCUCGGCCCAGCCCUGCCUAGUUUUGAAGAGACUUAUUCAGUUCGCUACCCAAAACCAGAGAUGGCAGAAUUUGGUUUGAAAAUGGAGGAAGAUUGCUACAACGUCAGUGCGUAUUCCCAUCAGGGACACGCUUCUACGCACGUCUUAUACCAAUACCAACCUUCAAUCCCUUAUGUUCCUUCACCAUAUUACGCUCCGCCACAACAAUGCAGUCCUACGUUCGAUACUGGCGGUACGGCCCAUAAUCAGGACUCAUAUUCACUGCCCCCAUUUUCGAGUUCCGUCGAUUUACACGUGUCUACGGACCAAAAUCGACAAAGAAGAGCUUCACUGCCAGUACAGCGAUCAGAAUCGAAUAGUUCCAAUGACAGCCCGAAGCUUCACGGUCCGAAAGUGCACUGUAUGCAGGCGUCGGCACCGAGCUCGGCAUCCAGCUCUCCCGGGGGCGUGCCGCCCGACGGCGGCUUGCGAGCCGCACCGCCUUCGCCCAGCCAGCUCUGCGCCGUAUGCGGGGACACCGCCGCCUGCCAACAUUACGGUGUUAGGACUUGCGAAGGUUGUAAAGGCUUUUUCAAACGAACUGUUCAAAAAGGAUCAAAAUACGUAUGUCUAGCGGAAAAAUCUUGCCCUGUAGAUAAAAGAAGACGGAACAGAUGUCAAUUUUGUCGAUUCCAAAAAUGUCUGAAUGUCGGUAUGGUCAAGGAAGUUGUACGAACAGAUUCCUUAAAAGGAAGACGCGGAAGAUUACCUUCGAAGCCAAAAUGCCCACAAGAAUCUCCUCCGAGUCCGCCCAUUUCACUGAUUACCGCCCUUGUAAGAGCACAUGUAGAUACUUCGCCAGACUUUUCUAAUCUUGAUUAUUCUCAGUACAGAGAACCUAAUCCCAUGGAACCACCGAUGUCCGACUCGGAAGUAAUUCAGCAAUUCUAUUCAAUCCUAACAACAUCGAUCGACAUGAUAAAGGUUUUCGCUGAGAAGGUUCCAGGGUAUGCAGAACUGUGCGUUGAAGAUCGUGAUCAACUUUUCGCUUCAGCGCGGCUUGAAUUGUUCGUAUUGAGACUUGCAUACCGCACGAGGCCGGAGGACACAAAGUUAACUUUUUGCAAUGGUCUAGUCCUCGACAAGCGACAGUGCCAACGAUCGUUUGGAGACUGGCUGCAUGCGGUGCUAGAUUUCAGCAACACACUGCACUCAAUGGAUAUCGACAUUUCCACCUUUGCGUGCUUAUGCGCCCUUACUCUGAUAACAGAGAGGCACGGUUUAAAAGAGACGCGGCGAGUGGAGGAGCUGCAAAUGAGGAUCAUCGGUUGCCUGCGCGCGCACAUGCCGAAUGGAGGCGGCGCGGGCGGCGGCGCGCCGCACUUCUCGCGCGUACUGGGCGCGCUGCCCGAGCUGCGCUCGCUGUCCGUGCAGGGCCUGCAGCGCAUCUUCUACCUGAAGCUCGAGGACCUGGUGCCCGCGCCGCCCCUCAUAGAGAACAUGUUCCGCGCCAGCCUGCCUUUCUAAACGGGCCUCCCCUGCCGCCCGCACAAAUUCCCCGAGGACCACUCCAGCCUUCAAAUGCAUCAUCUUCUACUACUAAAAUCCAUCAUCUCUAUUAUUUUUAUAAGUGUUUAGAUUAGAAUAUAAUAUAUUUUUCUAGGGUAUAGUUGAACAUUAUAGAACUCGAUCUCCCGGUAUCGAUUUCAAUCCUUUAAAAAACCUUUUAUAUGAUAAUUAAUUUGAUCAAACAAGACAAUCGUACCGCUUAAGUAGAUAAGCUUAAUUUAUUGUAAAUGUAGAAGGUAGUCGUAUUUUGGUGUGAUUUUGUUUAAACUUGGUCGUUAUGUGUAUUUACCUAUAAAUAGUAGUCUGCAUUUGAGUUACCGCUCGUGAUCGAUGGCAUCUUGUCGUACAAAAUAUUCCUAUGUUAUUUACUUGCGUAUUAUAUAGAUACGAAUAAUCUAGUCAAAAGACUUAGAAAUGUUACAAUAUUUGGCUCGUGAUCUUCGAGCUUUUAUAGUAAAUUUAAUAAAAGUUACUUUACGAAUAAUACCUAAAGGCAUUUGAAAUGUGUAUUGUUUGUGUCCUGUUGUUAUACGUGUUGUUGGAGCGCUGCGUAUCGACGCCGACGUGGGCGACGUCGGGGAGCAGAUUGUUGGAAGUUACCUUUUAGGUUUAAAUUAUUUAAUAAUACUUAGACGCUAGGCAGCUAAGGUAAUUUUGUUACAAUAAAUAAGGCCAGAGAGAAAGUUCAGCAUCAAAUAUAAAUAUGACACCUUACUCCAACGUGUCUUAAAGAGUACCUUUUAAGGUAGAGUACUUAAUUUGUUUUCAUGUGUACAAUCGUACCUUGAGUAAGCUUUAAAAUCAUACAUACAUAUUAUAUAUGUAUGUUAUAAAUAUUAUUAUCUAUACCCUAAAACAUAUCACUUAUUCUCGAACUGUGCGUUACUAUGGCGAUAUUGCAAAUCCUUGCAUUGAUGCUGCUAAUGACUUGUGAUUCUUGUGAAUCAUGAGGAAAUGCUAGUUUACUCAAAAAAUGUUCCCAUUACAUUAAAUUAAACUUUUUAUACGUAGUAGUUAAUGAUUUGCGAAAUACGAUCUAACCAGUCGUAUUCCUAAGUAGGUAUAUAUGAAUCAAAACGAGAUUGGUACCAACCUAUUCAACCAAAUGAGAUUUGGAAGAACUAGUGUAAACAUCACUGGACUAAUACAAAUCAGUUCAUGGAAUGACAUAUUGUAUACACGAAGAGUAAGUAUGAAUUUAACUAUUUUUUUAUUAACCACAAGUACUUAAUAAAAUUACCGUACUUGUGUUGAGAAUGAAAGUUGCCUUGAUAGUUUUUCGUAAACUCUAAAUCUAGGACAUCUAUGAUGACGUAUUAUGUGAUGAAUCCGUAAACUUUCUACCUAAAGGUAGUUGGAUAUUGUCUCUAUGGAUAUGCUUGGACAUUAUAGUUAAUAGGAUGUAAGAGUCUAAGAAUGCGCGUAAAUUGAUAAUUUUGUACAAUGUUGGUAUAUAUAAUUGUAGAAUAUUCUAAUGCUGGACUUUUUACUCCACAGGCAGGACUCUUUUAUUCAUAUCUAUUAGUUAACUCGAUAGAUAUUUAAGUACCUUACAAGUGGUCGCAUACUUGUCCCAUUGUCUACCGCAGCCGCCUUUGUGUAACUACCUAAUGAUAAUUUCUCGGUUGUGCUUCACGAAUAUUGUUAUUAGCUGUACCACUGUGAAUCCUUCGUAUGCCUAAAUUGUAUAAACUACCGCUUACCGAAUAGUCACCUACGCGCCUGUCGUUGCUACAUGGGUGAUUAAAAUUAAUCUAAAAUUGCACUUAAUUGUCUAAAUAUUUUUUUAGAGCACAUAGUCUAAAUACAAUAAAAACACUCCGUCAUGUUUAGUACUAAUAGUAUAUAGAUAAUAAGCGUACGCGUAUGUGGCUAACACAGGCGUAUUCGAAGACUAUCUAAGGUAGGCAUGUUUUUUAUUUAACUUGACUUAUAAAAUUUCUAAUAACACUGAACUGCGCCAUGUCGUAAUUGCAUUUCUUUUUUAUCUCAAAAUAGAUAGAUAUGCUUUGUUAUUAUGUAUGUUUGUACGUUACACAUUUUUAUUUCCUUGUAAAUAUUUCGGAAUACCUAAUUAUACUGAUGCGGUUGCGUCUAUUGA